AUGGCGCUUGACAACGAUACUGUUGGUACUUACAGGCAACCAGCAGCUUACAGAGUCCAAAGAGAAAUGCAGACUGAGGAGCACUUCCAGACAUACUUUGAAAGAAAACUGUCCUCCACCUUGGGUGGAGCACUACAAAUCCCUCGAGAGAACAGACAGCUACAGUGCAGCUUCUCCUGGGGAAGGUUCAGAAAGGUCAUAUUCAAGAUGUUCCCUGUCCUGAACUGGCUUUUUUCAUAUCGGUUCAGAGAAUGGAUCUUGAGGGAUCUACAUGCAGGCCUAAGUGUUGGGAUGUUUCAGGUUCCUCAAGGACUUUUAGGAGUUUGGCUGACCAGGUUACCUCUGCCAAAUAUCAACGGCUUCCUUUCUGCAUUCUGCUGCUCAAUGAUGUAUGUUAUAUUUGGGACUUCGCAUCAUAUCUCAAUUGGCUCAUUCAGCAUCAUAAAUCUGGUGGUGACAAACAUUCUGAAGACUCUUAAUUUCAACCAAACAUUGUCCUCUAAUGGUUCACUGGGCAACUUCUCAGACCCUACAUUUAUGAAAGAUUACAUGGAGGCCUUGACAUUUACUGCAUCAGUAACAUUUUUGACUGGCAUCAUUCAGUUGCUGUUAGGUUGCUUUUGCCUGGGGUUUGUAAUAACAUACGUGCCGAAGACUCUCAUUGAUGCUUACCUCACUGCAGCAGCAUUGCAUGUCAUUGUAUCACAGUUUACCUUUAUCUUUGACGUCAUGCUUGACUUCCAUAAGGGCCCCCUGGGCAUUUUCUAUAAUCUGUUUCAUUUUUUCCUGGUUCUCCCAAAGGCUAAUGCCACAAGCAUAUUGCUGUUUUUGCUUAGCAUGGCCGCGCUACGAAUCAAUGUAUAUAUCAUGAUAACUUACAAACAUAGUCCUAUUGCAUUUCCUAUGGAACUUCUCUUGAUUAUCACAGUCACCAUUAUUUCUAAUUGCAUUCAUCUUCACGCUGAAUCUAGUAGUGCUGUGGUCAGUAUGAUUCCUCAGAGGUUUCUGCCUCCUACACCACCAGAUUUAUCAAACCUGAGCAAGAUCAUACUGCAUGCCUUCUCCCUUGCUACUGUAAGCUACUUCCUUCUUGUUUUUGUUGGAGAGAGGUAUGCUUCACUUCACAACUACAGUAUUGCCAGCAAUCAGGAGCUAAUAGCCGUGGGGCUAUGCAAUAUUUGCAGCUCCUUUUUCAAAAGCUUUGUUGUCAGCUGUGCUAUUUCUGGAACUGUCAUUCAAGAGAAGACGGGUGGAAGAACACAGCUAGCAGCAGCGAUUGGAGCCUCUAUGAUGCUGGUGAUUGCGCUGAAACUAGGACAGUUUUUCCAGGCAAUACCUAAUGGUAUACUGUCUGCUAUUGUGGUAUUCAACAUGCUCCCUUUUCUUCAAAAAUUUCUGGACAUCCCCAUCCUGUGGAGACGGGAUAAGUAUCAUUUUGUUAUUUGGCUUGUAACUUUUGCUGCAGUGCUUUGUUUUGGUCUUGAUGUUGGUUUAGUGAUCGCCAUGGGAUUGACGUUCUUCAUAAUCACCAUUAGGUCACACAGAAUGAAGAUGGUGGUGCUGGGACAGAUUCCAAACAUGAAUAUUUAUAGAAGUUUAUCCGUCUACAGAGCCGCAAGGGAGAUUGAAGGUAUCAAGAUCUUCCAGUGCUGUUCUUCCAUCUCUUUCGCAAACAUGAAUCACUUCAAAACCUAUUUGUUACACAAGAUACCAUAUACAGAGAAACUGGUGAAGCGACGUCAUGCAGACAGCAAUUCUACAUCAUCUUCAGUUAAUUUGGUACAUUGGUCAAAGUACGGACACAAACUCAGCUCCAGGACGCUCUUGGUGGGAGCAGCCAAAGCAUCUCCAGGCUUUAACAUGGGAGUUACGACUGAAAAGAAGGAGGAUGAAGGGAGAAGAGCCAGCCUUCCGCCAGGCUCUGCAAUAGAUAAUUCCUCAGUACAGUUAGAUCAAGAAGAACAGCCAGUGUAUUUGCCAUGCCCUGUUCACACCAUUAUUUUAGACUUCAGCAUGGUGCAAUUUGUGGAUUUGAUAGGUUCAGAGUUACUGCGACAGAUCAUCCAUAUGUUUCACGAUAUUGGCAUUGCAGUCCUUGUAGCUGGCUGUCACUCCUCUGUGAUAGCAGACUUUGAGAAGAACGAUUUCUUUGACAGCUGUGUCACCAAAGAAAGGUUCUUCCUAACUCUUCAUGAUGCCGUGCUGGCUGCUUUGGACAAGCAUCAAAAGCCAGAUGAGCUAGAACGUGCUGCAGAAGAGUCUGCUGAAGAGCCUCUAGCUGAACAGCAGAAGGAAAGUUUGCUCUUGAAGAAGAAUACAGAUAUUUUCUCUGCAAAGAACUCUGAUGACACACUUUUGCUUGAAAGGCCAAUACCAGAUAUCUCAAGCUCAGACCAGAAUAACGCAGAGCCAAGUCCUCUCCAGCAGUAUGAUACUCCACCCCUUCAGUCGGAUUUCCAGGACCCAGGCUGGGGGAAGAGAUGGAAGUAUACCAGCAAUCCUUGA